CAACAUCCGUAAGAUCGAAUAUGCCUUUCGCUCAGCUCGUAAUAGGGCCACCGGGCUCCGGUAAGUCUACUUACUGCGAUGGCAUGCACCAGUUCCUCACGGCUGUCGGGCGCAAGUGCUCCGUCGUGAACCUCGAUCCCGCAAACGACCAUACUUCUUACCCUGUGGCUCUCGACGUUCGCGAUCUCGUCAGCCUGGAUAGCAUAAUGGAAGAUGAGCAACUGGGGCCAAAUGGGAGUGUUCUAUUUGCUCUGGAGGACCUUGAGCUCAAUUUCGACUGGCUGGAGGAAGGCCUCAAGACUCUCGGAGAUGACUACAUCCUCUUCGAUUGCCCUGGCCAAGUCGAGCUGUUCACGCAUCAUGCCUCCCUGCGGAACAUCUUCUACCGCCUCCAAAAGCUCGGGUACAGACUCGUACUCAUGAACCUGACUGACUCUUAUGUCAUUACACAACCAUCUACCUACAUAUCCGCCUUACUGCUUGCUCUUCGUAGCAUGUUGCAGAUCGAACUGCCGACUCUGAACGUCUUGACUAAGAUUGACAACCUGAUAAACCACCCGAACCUCCCCUUCAACCUCGACUUCUACACUGAAGUCCACGACCUAUCACAUCUUCUCCCCAUACUGGACGCAGAACAAGCAUCACGCUCGAGCUCAGACCAAGGAUCGAAAGAAGGGGCGGAAGGUGAAGAAGACCCACCACAAUCUAAAUUCGCAGCUUUGAACAAGGCUGUAGUAGAGCUAGUAGAGGAAUAUGGACUUGUUGGCUUUGAAACUCUGGCCGUAGAAGACAAGACGUCGAUGAUGACGCUCUUGAAGGCAAUCGACAGGACCGGUGGAUAUGCUUUUGGUAGCGAAGAAGGCGCGAAUGAUACUGUGUGGCAGGUUGCUAUGCGGUCUGAUGCCGUGACUAUGGACGCACGAGACGUGCAGGAGCGAUGGCUGGAUCGGAGAGAGGAGUUGGACGAGGAGGAGAGAAAAGCUUGGGCAGAAGAAGGAAAGGAGGCCGGUGGCAGAGAACCAACGGGCGAGCCAGCGGAGACUCAAGUUUCGAAGCCUAGGGAGACUCAAGUUGCGAAUCCUCCGCCUCGGAAUGGUGGUGCGGCGGCAAAUAGUGACGAUGAGGAUAUGGAGGAUAUAGAGCAGAUGAGAGCGGCGGUGGAGAAGAGCGGAAUCAAGAUUGUUAAGAAAGGCUGAAGGUGCUCUGGGCGUGGGUUGUUGCAUGAAACUGCGAAGAGGUUCUAUUAUACCUGGACCAGAUGAAAGCUAUUCAUCUCAAAAGGCUUAUGGGUGCUGAUAUAGCAGCGAUACCCCAGAUAACCCCCACUAGCGGGGCAGAGCAGGGCGGAGAU